GCGGGGGGAGCCGUCCUCUGGGAGUGUCCCAGCCCAGACAGACCCCUCCCCGCAGAACAUGGCCAGGAGCCUGCCGAGGGGGGCCAUCCAGAGCGAGCGCCCGGAGCCUGCCGCACGCACACGGGGCAGAAGCCGGUGUCCGCUCGGAGAUGCUGAGGAGGCGGCGGGUCUUCGCCGUGGAGCCGCUCUGGAGCCCAGAUGGCGCACGGAAGCCCUGGGAGAGCUGUGUGGUGCUAACCUCAGCCAGCAUCUACCGCAAGCUGCAGGAAGCCUCUGGAGAGAGCACGGAUCCCGCUCCUGAGCCACAGCGGGGCAGCAGAAUGAGCAGCGAGCUGGGCCUGUGGGGCCCGGCCGGGUCGCCGACGGAGCCUGGCCUCCCCCACCAGCUGGGCCUCUUCCCGAAGACCGGGCGGCUCCUCAAGUCGGAGUCGGAGGACUCCGGAGUGGAGAUGGCUGGCAACGAGAACUCACCCUCCACUCCGCUGGGCUCGGAAAGCAGCUUUUCUCUGGACUGUCUUGAUGGCUUCCAGCCCUCCACCGCAGACUCUGCUGCCAGCGACCCAGAGGAGGGCUGCCCCGAAGCAGAGGGUCCAGAGGAGCCGGACCCUCUCCGGGAGCAGGUCUACCUCCAGAACCUGUCGGUCAGCAAGAAGCUGGCCCAGGUGAUGCAGCGCUCCCGGAAGCUCCACGUGCCCAGCCGCUCUCCCAAGCCGCUCGGCCGGAAGAGCCUGAGCCUGGUGGAACUGGAGCUGUUGGCCUCCUACGGCUCGCAGGGGCUGAGUGGAAAAGUGGGGGCUGCAGAGGGGCACAGCCAAGCCCUCUCUGGCUGCCGGAGCCUAGAGGAACAGAGCACUGAGUCCUGUGGGGAGGAGGCGGAGGUGCGGAGAGAUCCCUCUUUAACCCUCCCGGGCCAGGGCCUGCGCUACCUGGAGCAUGUCUGCCUGAUGCUGGAGAAGAUUGCCCAACUGCAGCGGGCCAACCUGCAGCUCCAGCAGCAGCAGAAGGUGAUGGAGAGCCGGCUGUGGGGCCAGCAGGCUGAGAACGUGGUGCCCUCUGAGGAGAGGCCAUGCAGAGCCCCAGAAGAGCAAGGGCUGUCCCAGCCAGAGCCUGAGAACAGGGCGGAGGUGGAAAUGCAGGAGGAGGAUUUGCCUCUGGACUCUUGGAGGCCCCACCACUUCAGGGCACGCUCGGCCUCAGACACCGGGAUGCUCCAGGACCUGACCAGGAGCUCAGAGAAUGAGCCAGCCUGCUCCAGGAAGCCGGCAACGCACUGCGUCAGCUCACCCACCCUGCUGGAUCAGCCGGACUGGGGAGCCCAUACCCUACCGCCAAACAUGAGACCUAGGAACGACCGCUCGCACUGGGGGAAAGUCAAAGUGCUGAUCAACAGGAUCACCAGGAAAUCCAUCCGGGCCAGUGAGCCGUCCCUGUUCGGGGAGUCUGCCGUCGACAGCAGACAGUGUAGUCUGGAGGCUUCACGGGAGAAACAAUGCUCCCAUCCCAGGAGGAGCUUCCUGCCAGCACUGGGGGUGAAGAAACACCGCUCGAAAACCCUCUCUGUGCGCUGAGCGCCCUGAGGCUGCGGGAGCCUCUUGGAGACCUGAAGGAUUUAAAGCUGCUGAGCCUUCCCUGCCAUGAGCGGGGGAGCAGCGCACACGCUCCACGAAGGGUCCCCUUCACCCCACUGCCCCUUCGAUGCUGGUUCGGAUUGCCCAGUCUCGCCUGCUUCGAUGAGGUUGACGGGAUUUCUGGCCCUUCCUUGGAAAAAGGAGGCAGAGAGGAGUGGGUGUUGCUCUGUCAUCUGUUCCUGUGGAGCUGUGGCAUUGAAGCCAAGCAGCUGAGGAUCAAGCCUGCUUAGACAUAUGAACGCUGGGGUGCACGCUCCCCCUGCUAAUCCCUCGCGGUGGGCAUGCAUAGGAGGCACGUUCCUCCAUUGAGGCAGGUCCUCAAGGAACCUGGUUUAGACCCAGCAGUCUCUGGUGUCUGUUUCCAUCCACUCUCCCCGUCCCCCACACACCCUUGCCCAGCAUCUCCCCCUGGGUAUGUCUGUCUUCAGACAUGAUUCUGAAAUCUUGCUACUUCCUUGCUUGCAGUGUGUUGCUGCAGAAGCUAGGAGGCGCUCUCACUGCUAGCUGACUCUCUCCCACCACCUUUCUCCUCCUGUGACUGCAGGCAGCUCCAAGGCUGCUCUUGGUAUCAGGGUCUCAAUGGUGGGUAACAAGGAGCAUUGACCACUGGGCUGCUCUCCUGCGGACCUUAACUGAACUAUGGGGCUGACCUGUGUGCCACCGAAAGUCUCCCUCCCUCCUAAGGGGAUGCCUAUCCACGCUCCCAUUCUAUUCAGACCCCUGCCUAGGCUGGGAUUCCAGCUCUGGGGGUCUCUGCACAGCAGUGAGAAAUCCCUGGCAUUGUCAAAUGUGAACUAACUCAUCUGACCGCUUAGUCCACCACUACUAGCCCCUGGUCAUUUUGUAAAUGUGCCAGUGUAUUUGUAUGUAAUGUAUUUAUAUGGCCUCAUGGAGAGAGGUGCUUAUGGAGGCUGCUGGAUUCUUAGACACUUAAAAAAAUAAAUUACCACUUAGUUUUGCAUCCUGAUCUGUAAAGCGAGAAAUGGGGGCAUCCUUCUCGCUGGGGGGAGGGAUAGCUCAGUGGUUUGAGCAUUGGCCUGCUAAACCCAGGGUUGUGAGUUCAAUCCUUGAGGGGGCCAUUUAGGGAUCUAGGGCAAAAAUCUGUCUGGGGAUUGGUCCUGCUUUGAGCAGGGGGUUGGACUAGAUGACCUCCUGAGGUCCCUUCCAACCCUGAGAUUCUCAUGCUAUUUGGUGGUAGGUUGGCCAAUGGGGAGUCUGUGCAUGCAGGGCCUUUUUGUGUGAUAGGACUCAUGAGUGUGCGCGCUGUCCUGGCAGCUUGUUGGUAUCCGUCUACCAUGCAGGAGUCCCAGGAUCCUCGCCUCUCAUGCGCUGGCCUGUCAAUAUUGGGGAGAUAACAGCUUGGCCUAAGAAACCAGUGCAGCAUGAAGUGCCAUGUGCCGCUACUCCAGCUGAGCCAGCCCCUCUGCUAGGGCAAGGGGUGAAUUGGUCACCCAGUGUCAGCCUCAUGAAGGCUUUGUGACCUAGCCAUACUCUCUGGCCGCAGAGGAGUCUGUGUGGGAGCGGCACUGGGGACAAAUCAGAGGUGUAGCACGUAGGGAGUGUAACACGUAAUGGAAAGGUAACCCUCUCCCCACCAGAGGAGGUGAGCUAAAGAUCCAGGCUACAUGGAGGACAUUAAUCAGGAAUCUCUUCAGAGGUGAUGACUAAUGCAUGGAGCAGAACUGCACAGGAAUCAAGAGAAGAUGCAAUUGUGACUGUGCUCUUAAUACUGACGUCUUCCAGGAUCCAAGGAUGUUGGGUACCUGGAGUAGGGUCAGCCCCAGCACUGCCUCCUGUCCUGUAUAUUCCUGCUGUUGCUUCUGUCUCCUACCCACUCCCCAUUGGCAUCACUGAUACCUGUAACUUCUUAGCAUUUAUAGAGCACUUACCAGCACUUUUCAGACAUAAAAUCGGCCAUAAUGGGUCAGACCAAAGAUCUAUCUAGCCCAGAAUCCUGUCUUCCGACAGUGGCCAGUGCCAGGUUCUUCAGAGGGAAUGAUCAGAACAGGUCAUCAUCAAGUGAUCCAUCUGGUCACCCAUUCCCAGCUUCUGGCAAACAGAGGCUAGGGACACCAUCCCUACCCAUCCUGGCUAAUAGCCAUUGAUGGAUCUAUCCUCCAUGAACUUAUCUAGUUAUUUUUUUAACCCUUGGCCUUCACAACAUCCUCUGGCAAGGAGUUCCACAGGUUGACUGUGUGUUUGUGUGAAAAAAUAUUUUUUGUUUGUUUUAAACCUGCUGCCUAUAUUUCAUUUGGUGACCCCUAGUUCUUGUGUUAGGAGGAGUAAGUAACACUUCCUUAUUUACUUUCUCCACACCAGUCAUGAUUUUAUAGACUUCAAUCCUAUCCCCCCUUAGUCAUCUCUUUUCCAAGCUGAAAAGUCCCAGUCUUAUUAAUCUCUCCUCAUACAGAAGCUGUUCCAUACCCCUAAUCAUUUUUAUUUUACUCUUUUCUGAUUGAAGUGCUAGUGGCGUGGACAGAUCAACAUUAAAUAGCUGGUCCAAGGGGAGGGAUAGCUCAGUGGUUUGAGCAUUGGCCUGCUAAACCCAGGGUUGUGAGUUCAAUCCUUGAGGGGGCCACUUGGGGAUCUGGGGCAAAAUCAGUACUUGGUCCUGCUAAGGAAGGCAGGGGGCUGGACUCGAUGACCUUUCAAGGUCCCUUCCAGUUCUAGGAGAUGGGAUAUCUCCAUUAUUAUUAUUUUUUUUUUUUCUGAAGCUUUUCCAAGUCCAAUAUAUCUUUUUUUGAGAUGGGACAAUCACAUCUGCACGCAGUAUUCAAGAUGUGUGCGUACUAUGAAUUUAUAUAGAGGCAAUAUGAUAUUUUCUUAUUAUCUAUCCCUUUCUUAAUGAUUCCCAACAUUCUGUUCACUUUUUUGACUGCCGCUGCACAUUGAGUGGAUGUUUUCAGAGAACUAUCCACAAUGACUCCCAAGAUUUUUCUUGAGUAGCAACAGCUAAUUUAGACCCCAUCAUUUUAUAUGUAGAGUUGGGAUCAGUAUAUGUAUAGUGAAUGAUGAAGCCUCCUGACCCACAGACCUGUACAGAAGUAACUAUAGCUGAGAGGCAGAGUAGAGAAGUGAUAGAAUAGAGAGGGAGAAAAUGGAAUUUGGUUCUUGUGCUCACAUGAUAUAUAUCUACAGCAGAUGCUUGUGUGUGUGGACAGACCUACUAUCUAAGGAGCGUGUUGGGCUGUAUAGACAGGGCAGAGACGAGGGGUUAACCCUCUUCUGGCCUUAGGAAAGAUCACAGCUUCCUCAAGUGCAGGGAUCUGUAAGGUAGCUGAGCCAAGCUAUGUGUGGGAAAUUAACAAAUCCUGUUCUCUCAGCAUGAGUCCAGGGGAGUUGUGGCAGGGAGAGUGGGGAGGAAGGUUCUCCAAGGACAAGGGGUGGAGCCGAGAAGAGACCUAUCCUUGCUGCAGUUGUGCCAAGGUUGGGCCAUGCGCUCUCAUGGUUGUUGAGGCUGGCCUGUUGAGGCUGGCCUGUGACUCUUUUGAAGAGCACUAAAGUUGAAUUUGAGCCCUGUGUAAAAGCAGCUAUUUUUCUCCCCUGUUUUUCAAUAAUCAAUACUAUACAGUUGUGAAAACUGUGCCUACCCUCUGCUCUGACAGGCUUGUCUAGGGCUUGUAUCUGCAUUAAAGCUUAGCUGCCACUUCCAAAGUGAGCUAGGCCUACAUCUGUAAGGAGCCGGAGCAGAGCCUGGCUAGCAUGUGCUGCAUUUGGAUAGAAGUGGAGCUAUUCUCACAGUUCUGCUUCCUACUGAGAAAUUGGGCUAGGGGCAAAGGGGAGAACCUAUCCUGAAUGAAAGUGGGGAAGCUUUUAAAUUUAGCCACACGAUGGCAGUAACGUCUCCAUUAUAAUCCUCCAUGCAGCUCCCUGGAGUAGAUUUCUGUUCGAGAUGCACUCCAUUUAUUGCUCAACCUCCUGCAUGGUUAAAUGUUUAUCUGUGUACAUGGGGAAAGGAUUUGGGACGAAUUAAAUACUUGCUUAAAAUAAGGCAUAAAUAAUUUCAAUUAACAGGUUGCAUAUGGUCUUAGUGUGAUUAUGAUGUAGGGGUAAUGGCUAUUCGUAGCAGCUCACCUGCUAUCCCUUCCUGGGCAGGGAGUAAUUCACAGGUGCUGUGAUUGUUAAAGCUGACUUGGGCUAAGAGACGUAAUGGGUCAGUUUUGUGGGGUGGAUAGCGGUAGGAUCCAUCUGCCAGAGCUAAGGGAAAGAUUUAAGUUGGGCCAGGGCCGGGCCAGCCUUUGAGAGUCCAAGGAGCGAAUUCCCAAAGGGCUUACUGGCCUCUAGAAUUAGAUCUACAGUAAAACCUUUGUGAGAGACCACCUUUGGAGAGAGACCACCUAUCAUGAGUGCCUAUGGGUAGAGGCCAUGGACCAUCACUGCUAUCUGGUGUGCAAGCUUUUGAAGAGAGGUGACCGCUUUUGGUAACUCCCAUGAGUGGUUGCUCUAGGCGGAGAAAUGGGCUGUGUCUUACCCCUGGCUUACUGCUGGAAAUUACUUUGGCUGGAGUUCAUCAGCGGUGUUCACCCUCCUCCCUCUCUAAGCACAAGGGGUACACGGUGGCUUGUCCCAGUAGCUGGAGGGGUGAUGCUACGGCCGUGUCCUUCCUCCCAGCUCCAGCCUGGGCUAGAGUAGCAGCCACUCUGUUCCUCCAAGUCCUGGGAGCAUUGGGCGACUUAACACUAGUGAGGGAAAUGCCCCUUCCAACAGCAGCUUCUGUCCACUGAAGUGUGCAGGCAUUGGGGGCACGGGGGCCUUAACACUGCACCCCCACCUUUACUCAUCCCCCACCGCUAUAACGGGGAGAGCGGUAAAGAGCUAUUGCAUCACCAGCACUCACAAGUUUUCUUUAGCUGAAAGAGGUCACAGGACUUUGCAAAAAGAGAGAAGUGCCCGGUUUUCUCCUCAAAAGGAUAAUUACUAAAGGCAAAGUGGUGAUAUAUUUUGUGAGGGAGGCUGUGGAAAAUUCAGUCCUCUACCCCCUCUGUUCCUUGGCGUUGAACAUUUAAUAACUUUCAGGAGAGAGAGGAGGAAGUGGAGAAGAGGUGGGGGCAGGGCCUUGGGAAAGGGAAUGGAAUCGGGGCAUACCCCCUCCAGCCCCCUGCUGUGAACUGCUCAGGGCAGGGGGCUGGGAGCACCCCCACAACCCAAGCCCUGACCCCUGCACCGACCUCACAAACUCCGAGCCCCUUGCCCUGACCCCUGCACACCCCCACCCCAUGUCCUGACUCCUGCACCCCCCCACAUCCCAACCCUCACCCUGAGCACCAAAUGGGAGCUCCUGCACCCUCCCCCCCCACAUACCCACCUGCACCCCUCACACCGAAUGGGAGCUGCCCCAGGUAGGUGCUCCACACCCCAACCUCCUGCCCCAACCCUGAGCCCUCUCCCUCAUUCUAGCUCCUGGCCAGACCCCAACUCCCAGCCAGCUCCUGCACCCUAUCUCCCUCCUAGACCCUGUACCCCCACCCUCAGCUCGGUGCAGAGAGAGGCAAAGAGAAUGGGCUAGAACCAGGGAGAAGGUAGGUACCCACUCUGUGGGCAGGGGUGAGGGGGGGGAUCCUGUUUACCCUCUCUCCAGCCCUGCUGUGCUUGUAGUUUACUCCCGGACCCUCCCUUGCUCCAGCGACCAACCCUAGCUCCCGCCCCGCUGUGUUUUUGCCCCCAGCCCCUGCCUUGCUCCAGUUAGGAGGGACUAAUCCUCCCCCCAUGCUCCUCUCACUCCGGCCCCUCCCUUGCUCCAGCUGGGAACCAAUCCUUCCCCCCCACACACACCAUGCCCAGCUGUCAGGGUGGAUAAAAAUCAAUGACUCAAAAAAA